AUGGUGGCGGCGCACGGGUAUCCGGCGUACCGCUGCUUCAAAACCAUGCAGCGACGCCGACCUGACAUGCACGAGGUCCUCUUCUUCUGCCAGUUCUGGUCCGUGCCGCAUUCCGCCUUCCCUUCGUGCUGCAUCCCGCGCCUUCCCCUCGUACUGCACUACGCCUUUCCGUCGAUCCCUCUGUCCCCUCCGUCCUCCCCACCCCCGCCUGCACCGUCCUCCCCCAUAUGCUGGAUACCGCUGUACCACGAGGCCAAGCUCGCCUUUAUCAUCUACCUCUGGCACCCCCGCACGCAGGGCACAGAGAUUGUGUACGGGUCGAUGCUGCAACCUCUGCUGACCCGCCACGAGCCAAUCAUUGACCGCCACCUGGCACACCUGGAGGAGCGGGGGAGGGACAUGGCUGUGGAAUGUUGGCGUGCUGGCGUGGCAUACACUGGUGCUCGAUUCGAGGAGCUCAUUGCUUACCUGGCGUCCCUGUCAGCACAGGCUGCUGCGUCAGCAGCACUGCGAGGAAUGGACGGGAGUGGGAGGCGGGAGGAAAGGGAGAGGAGGGAGAGCGAAGUUGAGGUCCUGAGGAGUGAGAGGCCGGAUGGAGCAGAGGGUAGGAAGGGAGAGGAGGAGCAGCAGGAGGAGGUGAGGGGGAGGAGGAAGUACCUGCAGCAGUACGGAGGGGAGGCGGUGCAGCUGAGGUCGGCAGUGGGAGUGCAGAAGGGGGGGUAUGAGAGACGGUUGCAGGGAGAGGAGACAGAGGGAACACCCAAUAAUGGGCGGAAAGCAGAGGCGGAGGAGCAGAGGGUGCAGCAGGGGAGCGAGCAGAGGGAGGGGGUGCAGAGGCAGGCAGUGCGGUACAGGAAUGUGGACUCGGAUUCGGAUGGGGACGGUGGGGAGAGCGAUGGGGCGAGUGGUGGGAGUGGAGCGAGCAGUGAGUUCGAGAUGGUGGACACUGAGAGGGAGUUCAGCACGGGAGCAGCAGCAGAUGAGCGUGCAGCUGCUGCCGCAGCUGGCUCUGCUGGCACAGGGCGAGGUGGUGGAAGUGGGUGGUGGGGGAGUAAGCACCUGGCUGCAGGCCUUGCGGGUCUGGGCCGAGCUUUGAGCCCUUCAAACAGCCAAGCAAGGCAGGCAGCACCACCACCUGCCAUGCUGCACGGCACUCUGCCUCCGGCUGCACUGCUGCCAGCUGGGGUUGCGGGUGGCCAGGGGGGCGGUAGCAUCGAUGCUGCUGCUGCUGGGUUUGAUGACGUGGCACCAGAUCAAGUGGAUGACGUGGCAGCAGCCACAGUGGUGGGGGAGGCUUCGCCUCAUCCGAGUGGGAUCAACCUGCGCCCGCGGCGGUCCCAACGGCCGAAGAAGCAGUUUUAG